AUGUCACUUUACACAAAGAUGGCGAACGUGCGUGACAGCGAUACUUCGCUGUGGCUUCACAAUAAAUUGGGAAUUUCGAAUGAUUCUUGGACGGGAGGUUCGAUAUGCUCUCAGCUAAACGCCGAAGUUCUGAGAAACAUCAAAGACUGCUUUCCCGACCUCCAAACACAAGUAAAAUUAAAAUUGUUGCUGAGUUUCUUUCAUAUCCCGCGCAGGAAUCUGGAGGAGUGGAAAUUAGAAUUGGAACAAAUUUUGGAUGUGGCCUUAGCUGAUUCUGAAUUGUGGGUAGCGAUGAUAGCUGACGCUUUAAAGACCUACCCGUCCACGGGUUCAUUAAAUACGGAAAUAACAGAUGUGGAUGAAGUACGUUCCAUAUUUUCAGAUCUGGUUUCCGAUUUGAGGAAACACGUCCGGAAGCAAAAUGAACAUACCAUCCUGCCAAUGGAAUGCCAUUACUUGAACAAAAGUGCUCUCAUUUCGGUAGUAGGCCACAAACCGGAACUUGUGAAACAUUUUACUAUUAAAAAAAAGCCCAAGUCGGCUCAUUUGAGGUCAGAAUUGUUGCAAAAGUCCUCAGAUGCAGCUUCGAAUUUAAAGAAAUCAUCGGCGCCCGUAAUUCCCGUGAGGUCGAGGGGUAUGCCUAGGAAAAUGACAGAUACAACCCCAUUGAAGGGUAUUCCAAGCCGAGUUCCCACAUCAGGUUUCAGGACCAGCGCUUUGGGUAACAAUAUGAGUAGCCGACCGACGUUAGCUAGACCUCCGGCUGGAAGGAAAGAAGGUGGUGUUAAAUUACUAGAUAUCGCCGAUCAACCACUCGGCUACGCGGCCGCAAAGAAAAGGAAGAAGAUGCAGGAAAUGGAAGAUGCCAAGAAAGCUUCGGAGACCGCGGCGCUGCAGAGCCCGCCGCCGCCGGCCCCUGGCGCUCCCAAAACUCCGGACUAUGCCGCGGGUUUAGGUUCUGCGACCCCAGCCUACGCACCGGCCACGCCCCAGCCCACCAUCACACCCACAGCCGCUGCGACAUCGGUUCUCACGACGGCUCAGCAUUCGCCUCAACAAACGCCUCCAAAAUCGGCGCCGCCCACUCCCGCGCCGCCUACGCCCGCCCCCGCUUCCCUACCACCGCCAGCCGCACAGCCGACUGGUACGCAUCAAUACGUCACUACUCAGACCAUCAGGCCGGUACCGCCUCUGUUAGCGACUAUGCCGUCGGGUCAGAGAACCAUUAUUACUACCGAUCAGGCUACGGGCAUACAAACUGCGCAGCAAAUUAUCGGUACCCCUGUGGUCAUUACCCAGAGGCCCAUACAAACCCAGCAGCAGCAGCAACCGCAAACCGUCACGCAUAUCAGGAUACAGCCGCAGCCGGCUACUAAUUUGCAGAGGAGGGGAUUGGCCCUUACCAGGGAACAAAUGCUGGAGGCGCAGGACAUGUUCCGGACCGCGAACAAAGUCACCCGGCCGGAAAAAGCCCUCAUACUGGGCUUCAUGGCCGGAUCGAGGGACAACCCGUGUCCCCACCUCGGUAACAUCGUGACCAUCAAACUGUCCGAGGACCAGGAGAACGUCCUGCAACCGGGCGACACUUACCUGACCAUGAUGGUCGAGACCCACUUCCAGAUGAACUACAACAACGGCGAGUGGAAGAGGAUAAAAAAAUACAGGCACAUCGAUAACCAGAUAGACCAGUUGCCGCAGAACACGGCGACGGCGACGCUAGUCUGAUAGACGGUGGGCUGCGUUUUAGGCAAAUGUAAUCAAACUGCGCAGCGGCGCGCAUCGAGGCGAGCGUGACACUCGGGCGUCCCAAUAGGGUUGCUAAAAAAAAAACACGGUAGAACAAAGUCCAACGAUUUCGGGGCCUAAGACGUUGUUUUUUAGAGAAGGCAUUUUACCACGGGAGGAGCAGUCGGAAAAAGUUAUCUUAUUCAAUUCUAAACUAGAAUCGACCGUAAAUAACCAGACAUUAUAAUUGAGGGGGAAUCAAGAUCCGAGUUAUGUAUAAGGUAUAGCUCGGAUCAAUUAACACUUUUAAAGCACUUUUGUUUCUCGAGUUAAAUUUUGCAGUCAAUGUACAUCUAACUGUGAACGAAAUUAUAUUUACCUCUUUCAACACACAGUACACUACUAUAUCUUUGCCCUUUUCCUCACCAACCUGUGUCCCCAUUCUUUUUUUGCGAUUUUAAGAGGUCUCCGUGGCCAUUUUUCCAAUUGUUUUGUUAUUACUGUAUGUUCAUGAGAUGCUGUGACAUGCCGAAGAAGAUUGUGUUCGUGAAUGUAAGCAAUAACGAAAGAUAGGGUAACAUCCUAAAAAAAUAUUUAUUUUUUCAUUUUUUUUUGUUUUUGGCUUUCUGUUGUAAAAAAUAUGCUAAUUUGCUAGUACUAAGACUGGCCACUGCAAAAUGACAAGUUUCAACGGCUAUGAUUAAAAGCAUAUUUGGUCUAGACUAUAGGCAGGUUUAAAGAAGCUUGAAGAUUCGUUGGGUCUAAGAAGCAACUAUAAAUUCGACUCUUAGAGAAGAGUUAACGUAAAAUUUGAACAUCUUUGCUAUUUUUUGUGCAACAGAAUUUGAGGAGGAAACAGAAUGGUGUUCGAAGUAAUAUCAAUGGGGAGGCGGUUGCUCUGUAUUUACGCCCCUUUCUUUCACCUUCCCGCCUUUUUAUUCUCUUAUUGCUUGUUACCGAUCAAUCAAUCGCUACGGUAUACCUUUUGCACAGGUUAUUAAGGGUGCAUAAAAAUACAUACAAUUUUUAGUUCAACAGAUUACAAAAAAUUUAGAGACUUUCGCGUUGCAAUGUACUGAUGCGAGCAGUGAGCGUAAUAUUUUGCAUCUAACAUCGUUCUUCUUCUAGAUACAAAAUACGCAUUUCUUACCUAUAUAAUUAUUAAGAAUAUACUUUUUUUCCGAGAAACAUGAAACAUUUGAGAGGCAAUCGUUAUCAUUAGAAUCGUAAACAUUUUUGAAAUCCAAAUCAACCUUAUCAACCUUCACAAACACUGAAAACACUUAAGAACAAACUAAAAAUUUAAUACGACUUUUUUUUAAAUGAGGUUUGGCAUGAGACUCAGUUGUUACCGAUCAGUCCGGGUAUUUACGGCUGUGAAACCAAUUUUUCCUUAAACUUACGAUUGCUUGCGUCUCCCCUGUGGUAUAAUAUCUUUUGCCUUCUAGAUUAUAAUAUGCGGUUUUAUGCGUCCCGGUUGGUUGCAAAAUCAAGGUGGUGUACCUGUCAGUGAAGUUUUUUACAAGUUCCUUGACCCGUCGAUCUGACUGAUGGUAGCGUUGAAAGAUAUGUGAGACGAAAAUUGUGUAUUUUUUUCCAUUUUCAAAUUUGGAUUACUUUGUCGUGGCGUUUUGAAAGUUGAUUAUUUUUAAUCUGGUUAAGACGAUGUAUAUGGGAAAUUGACGUUUAUUUUCAAAAUGUCUUAAUUUCGACCGUAAACAGAAAACUGUGUUGAAUAAACAGAUUAAUUAUUAUUCACCAUACCAACUAACAUAUUUACCGGUAACUUACUGAAUUCCCAAUAUUAUUUUUAUAACAUUUUUUGGAAAAAAAUGAAAUCCGGAUAAUUUUAAAUUGGAAAUAACCUCUCAACUGUAUUAGUUUUUUGGUAUUCAGGUAUAUCAACUUUCUUUCCUUUGUUUCAAAUUAAUAAUAAUAAUUUUAAAAUAAUACAAAUUUAGUGUGUUACGAAUUUUUACUGGACGGGGAGGGGGCAGUGGUGGUGGAGACAAAGGUGUUUGUAUGUUUCAGUGCCUUGGGUGUUUUGAGGGAAGAAUAUUUUAAUUUUGCGUUAUCUGAAGCCAGAUAAUAAUUGACUGACUUAAACUUAAGUUUUUGUACCCAGUUAAUUCGAUACUAAAACCACUUGACUUGACAUUUUUUUAAAUUUUGAAUUUCGAUGGGAGACGCUUAUGAAAAGUACAUAUAUUAAAGGUGUCAUAAAACAAAUGGAAUGAUAUAUUCCAUAAUGUCGUAAAGAUUGUAUGUAUGUGUAUAUGCGUAUAGAAAAAAAUAAUUUCAUUUUAAUUGUAAUGGUUUUUGUAAACAGUCGUUAACAAAAGUUCGCCUGAGUGGUUGUAAAACUUUGAAAUGUCACGGAAUAUAAAAUAACCAUAAAACUUCAUUAAAAUGAAAAGGAAUUUCACAAAAUAUCACGUGAAGUUGUCAAACUAGUUCGGGAAAUGAUAUUACCAAGUUUUACGUAUUCGUUAUUUUUUACUGUAUAAUUGAAAAUUUUAUCGUACAUGAAAAAAUUGUUAUCUGAAAAAUGUUAUAAAACCUGAAAAUGUCGGGGCAGUAACCAACCCCGACGGAACAUAUCCGUAGUGACGUAUAAAUUCCAUAGUAAAUUAAACAAAAGUUUUUCGAAAUUUUCUGGAGUCUAUAAUUAUUGGGCCGACGUGAAAUAUGUUUAUAUAUUCGUUAAGACUGAUUCUGAUAAAAACCGUCUCCUUUUUUUUUUUGCUUAUAUAUUAUUGUUUUUACUUUUUAACACGUUGAGUUGUUCCAACUUAAGAGAAGAUCGUUUGUGAUUCUGCGCUCUGCUGCCAAUUUCGGUGUAAUUAUCUUUCGAUUUAUUUUGUAUAUUUUAAAGAGCAUUAAUUUUUUUCUGCCCAUUUGUAUAUAAUUGUCGAGUUUGUAAUAUAUUUAUUUUGUUUUUUAUUUUGAAGGUUGUUAUAGUAUGUUGAGAUGAACAUUUUUGUAUAUUGUUACAGAUAAAUAAAAUACUGUUUAAUAUUUUCUACUAAUGUUUUUUAAUUUCCCCAGUUGCUAAUAUCGAUGAUGACUCAAAAUAGAAAGUCUAAAAGACGUUUUCGCAUAAAAAAUACCGAGGAAGUUAGAUAAAGCAGGUGUAGUGGACCAAUGGAAAAUUAAAUUUCUAAUUUUAAACUUUCCUCUCUCGAACA